AUGCAGUUGAGACCAUGUGGAGCCGGGUUCCUGUUCCUCUCCAAGGCCCUUGCGGAGUAUUGCCUGGUGGUGCCAACGGCCAACAUGGCAGUUGUCCACGUGUCAGCAAGCAAAAUGCUGCUCGUGGUUUGGGCACCGCCCUUGAUGCAACAAAGCAUUGUGGUGGCCCAAGAGGUGCCACACGUCAUCAAGGCACUGUCAUCGACGCCGGAGGUGACAGUCAACAUCAAACAUGGUGUUGCACACAUUGGGGUGGACGUGGACCCGUGGACUGCAAUGGCCCUGGUCUUCAUGGGCCUUGGAGGUGCAGGAGCUACAUCUCUAGCUGUCUUUUUGGUCUGGCUUUUCAAGUUCAUAAGGAACAAGUCAUUGUACAUGAGGGAGUUGGUGCAAAUGCUGACGCCAGAGGAUCAGCAGGAUCCGGAAGCCCAACCAGUUGUUGAUCUGCUGGGGCUGGAAGAGACAGAUAAAACUGUCAAAGAAAAGAAGGAGGAUGGAAUGGUCCUUGAGGACAACAAUCCAUUUAAAGAGAUGCUGAACGCCCAAAUUUCCUUUUCAGGAAGUGAUCAGCAAAUGGACAAGAUUCUGGUUGUGGAGUCCAUCUCCAAUCUAGGAUAA